CUCGACUGACACUCGCCCACCUCUCCCACCUCUCCCACCUCGUCCCCCUCCGUCCACCCCCAACCCCAGCCGCUAAUGAUGAAAUGCUCGACACAUGUUUUCGCAUGACGGGGUGGUGCCAAAAAGUCAAUCAGAUCAACCCACUCCCACCCCCCAACCCCAACCCAACCUCAUCUUUCUUCUUUUCUUCUCUUCUUUUCAAGUCUUCUUCCCACCCCAACAACCAAAACCGACACCCAUCCCCCACCCAUUUUUCCGCCUCCACUCACCACUUGUCCCCCGGAUAACACUUAAAUCACUCAUAAACCGCCACCUCCCCCCCAUCCGAGUCCAAAAGACUUGCACACAAAUCCAAACACACCCUCUCCUGCAACAAAAAAGCAGCCAUGGCUCCCCGAAGAGCCAAAGAUAUCGUCAUGUCGGCUCCUCCAGUCGACCAUGAGGAUUUGAUGCGCAAACGUGAUGCUUUCGUUACGUCGAUGGCGAUGCUGCAGAACGCAGCGAACGAAGCGUCGCGCGCAGGGCUUGCCUACUUCGAUCUGGUCGCGCACGGCGUCCCGAUCGGCAUCGGCAUGAACGGCGAGAGCAUGGGUAUGCAUUACUCGCGCGGAAUGUCUCUUCCUCCCGGCCGGGCUAUGACUGAAGAACCAGAGUACGAGGGCCUCAAGAGGAAGCGCAAGAGGCCCGUCAAGCCCAAGGACCCAAAUGCCCCCAAGAAACCCGCCACCCCGUUCUUUCUGUUCUGCUCAGAGGGCAGGGCGACCGUCAAGAGCGACAUGGGCGAGGGCGUCGAGUUUAGGGAUAUCCAGGCCGAGCUGAAAAGACGCUGGGAGGAGCUGGCGAUCGAGGAGAAGAAGGCGUGGUCAGAGCUCUACCAAACCAAGCUCGCCGAGUGGAAGAAGACCAUCGAAGUCUACCAGCAUGGCAAGGAAGCUGCCCAGCAGCUGGCCUCGCAAGCUGAAGAGCACGACCACGACGAUGAUGAAGAUGAGGACGAGGCCGAGGAUGCUGUUGCGCCGGUCGCUGCCACUCCGGUCGUUGCGGUCGCUGCCUCCACUCCGGUCGCUGCCCCCGCUGCGGCCGUGGCUGCCGGUGGCUUUACGGCCGUGAACCACUCCAAGAAGGCUGCUGCUGCCGAUGCUGAUUCCGACGAUGAGGAUGAGCCGGAGCGCGAGGCGGAGCCGGAGACCGAAGCCGAGCCCGAAGCCGAGCCCGAAGCCGAGCCCGAAGCCGAGCCCGAGGAGCCCGCUGAGCAGGAAGACGAUGCUCCCAAGGACCAGGUGGUGUCUUCGGAUUCAUCGCUGACUCCCCCGCCCGCCGAGAAGCCUAAGACGCCUCGAGGCCGCAAGCCGAGAGCAAAACUGGAGAAGGCGGCUGCUGCUGCUGUCGUCGCCGAGACCCCCACUAGUGAGAAGAAGGCGCGCAAGCCGAGGGCGAAGAAGGUCAAGGAGGCUGAGACCGAGCUGGACACCCCCAAGAGGAAGCCCCGCAAGAGGAGAAAGAGCGGAACUGAGUAG